AUAAAUUCCGCGCCACUCGAACCAACAUCGCCCAGGCCUUUGCCUUUUACGACGAAUCCUACCAAACCUUAGCUACCAGAUCCUUCUCUACUAAUCGAGCUCCCUCCGCCUGUCCUCGUCCCCGCCUCACCGCCGGCUGGUUCUCCACUCCAAGCUACGUCCGUCCGUCCGUCCACAUAUAUAACAUCGACAUGACCAUCGCCGAGGUCGUGGCUGCCGGAGACACCGCCACCGCCGCUGCGGCGCGGCCCGCCGGGAACGGGCAGACCGUGUGCGUGACCGGCGCCGCCGGGUACAUCGCGUCCUGGCUCGUCAAGCUGCUGCUGGAGAAGGGGUACACCGUCAAGGGCACCGUCAGGAACCCAGACGACCCGAAGAACGCGCACCUGAAGGCGCUCGACGGCGCCGCCGACCGGCUCGUCCUCUGCAAGGCCGACCUCCUCGACUACGACGCCAUCCGCCGCGCCGUCGACGGCUGCCACGGCGUCUUCCACACCGCGUCCCCAGUCACCGACGACCCCGAGCAAAUGGUGGAGCCGGCGGUGAGGGGCACGCAGUACGUCAUAGACGCGGCGGCGGACGCCGGCACGGUGCGGCGGAUGGUGCUCACCUCCUCCAUCGGCGCCGUCACCAUGGACCCCAACCGCGGGACGGACGUGGUCGUCGACGAGUCGUGCUGGAGCGACCUCGACUUCUGCAAGAAAACCAGGAACUGGUACUGCUACGGGAAGGCGGUGGCGGAGCAGGCGGCAUCGGAGUUGGCGCGGCAGCGCGGCGUGGACCUUGUGGUGGUGAACCCGGUGCUGGUGAUCGGCCCCCUGCUGCAGCCGACGGUGAACGCCAGCAUCGGCCACAUCCUCAAGUACCUGGACGGGUCGGCCAGCAAGUUCGCCAACGCCGUGCAGGCGUACGUGGACGUCCGCGACGUGGCCGACGCCCACCUCCGCGUCUUCGAGUCCCCCGCCGCCGCCGGCCGCCACCUCUGCGCCGAGCGCGUCCUCCACCGCGAGGACGUCGUGCGCAUCCUCGCCAAGCUCUUCCCCGAGUACCCCGUCCCCACAAGGUGCUCGGACGAGGUGAACCCGAGGAAGCAGCCAUACAAGAUGUCGAACCAGAAGCUCCAGGACCUCGGACUCAAGUUCAGGCCAGUGAGCCAGUCCUUGUACGAGACGGUGAAGAGCCUCCAGGAGAAGGGCCACCUUCCGGUGCUCAGCGAGCAGGCGGAGGCGGACAAGGAAACCCUAGCUGCCGAGCUGCAGACAGGGGUUACCAUCCGAGCAUGAGGACCAAGAAAUCAUCCAUGUCCAUAUUGCUACUGUCGUGUAAAACCAGGCAGUGUUUGUCGAACGUCUAAUCUAAGUUCUUGUAAUACUGUGUUGUUUCAUGUGAACAAGAUUGAUCGAAUAAACAUCUACAUACAAGGUUGCUAAUUUGAAGAA